UUCUUGGUCCUGAAAACAGACCAGCCAAGCAGUGGAGUUCCCGGGAGAGGAGCAGGAAGAGCCGCAACUCAGCAACAAACAACAACAACAACAACAACAACAGUGACGACACUUAACAUUAGACAACAAGAACAGCUGUCACACAGCAGCCGGGCUCUGUGUGUGUCUGCAGGACUCCUGGCAGCUCUGAGUGUGACGUGUCGAGGAGGGGAAGCUGGAGUCCCCCCGCUGCUCCGACAGAACUACAAGUAUUUUUGACCCCCUUAGCUGCUCACAGCAGGCCUUGUUCUGAGUGGCCAUGAUUGGGUUCCAUAAUUCCUCAAGUGGCCUUACCCUCCUGGUCCUCCUGACAGGGGCUACCUUCUUCCAUCUGUCCACCCCCAACUCAAUCAACACCCCUGGAGAUGUCAAUAACCGACACAGAGAUACUCCUCCGGGGCUACUAGAGUCAGGAGACAGGCAAAGAAAGGAUGAGGAGAGACAAUCAAUGCAGAAAGAAGAGGCAGAGGAAGAAGAGGAGCUUUUUAAAGAUGUGGAUCUCAAAACACUAGCAGCAGUUUUACUGGAGGCACUGAAUCGCUCACAAGUAGAGAAGAGGGGGGAGGGAGAGGAGCGGGAUGGGAGGGAAGAAGAGCUGAGGCUGAAGGCUGAGAAUGGGGAGGUUAAAAAAGAAGAGGCAUACAGAGAAGUUAGCACGAUGGAGGGAGCAGACCGAGUCAGAGAUGGACGGCAGGAGUUAGACCUGCUGAUGGCUGCACAAGGGAAGGAGCAUGAAAGAGAGGAGGAAGAGGAGAGAAGGAUAGCUCAGGAAGAAGAGGAGAAGAUGACAGAGAAGGUGACCAGUCGUACCACAAGCCAGACAGUCCAGGUCCAAACAGAGCAGCAGCCUGCCAGUCCAGAUGGAAAAGGGGAGAACAGGCAGCUCCAGCAGGGACCAAACAGCCCUGAACAAGGCAGCAACGAGGAGGAGGAGGAGCAGCUCAGUCCUGAGGAGCUGAAGAACCUCGAGACCAUGAUGAAGGAGUUUCCUCGUUUGAACACAGCCAUAAAGAAGGAGGGAGAUUCAGAGCAAAUCCAGAGAGAGAGCAGAGGCUACAGCAGCUACAACGACAUCAUACCAAUCAACAAAGGCAGCGACCUCACCAUGUCUAAGAAGAAACUGAAAUGGCAAGAGGAGACGCAGAAAGCCUUGACCUUUCCCAUAUUUAGGGGAGGCAAUUUUAUGGAUGACUUUGAAGACAGUAAUUAUGCUGGCAGUAAUCCAGCCCAGUCCCAGCUUCCCACAGAGCAGGAGGUGAUUCAUGAUAAUGAACCAGAGGAGGAGGAGGAAGAUGAGGAGGCGUUGAGUCCCGAAGAGGAGGAAGCUCAGGUCAAAGCAGAGCAGGAAGAGAUGAGGAGGCAGGCGGCUGAGGCACAGAGAGCCAAGAUGGAGGAGGAGAAGUUGGCCGACAUCGCCUCGGACAUGCUGCUGCGCUACAUGGUCAAACAGCAUAAUGGGCAUAAGAAGUACAGCUCAUCUUUGUCAAGCACUGCGGAGGACAAGAGGUCUGAUGAGGAAGUGACAGAGGAAGAUGAUAUUGAUCCCCAGACCAUCGACAAGCUGAUUGAGAUCUCCAGCAAGCUCCAUCUUCCUGCUGACGAUGUGGUGGAUAUCAUAAGCGAUGUGGAGAAGAAGAAGAAGAAAGACGUGCCGCUUGAGAGGCCGUCUCACUGGCAACGACCUCUAACUCCGCUGUCUCCUUCAUUCUCAUCUGCCAAUGGUGUUUCAACAUCCCAAAUAUCAACCAUCAAAAGUAGCUCCCCUGUCUCAAAGCAACCCUCUCCAGCUGUCAAUCUCCUCAAAACAUGGUUUCAGGAGAAAUCGCCAACAAAAUCACAAGAUUUCUGGAGCAAACCUGCAAAGCCUCUGCUAGCCAAUCAAAAUCUUUGGCCCAAACCUCAGAAGCCUCUGCCAGUCAAACAGGAACUCUGGCUCAAAUCACCCAAAUAUGUUGGGACCAGCUACCCUUUUUACCCCUACAAAUACCCAUCCCAUUACCAGAGGAAGCCCUACCCAGACUACUACCCCAUCUAUUUUCCUCCUCCCCUCAGACCCAAACAACGUUACUAUGUGCCCAAACCCAGUCUCACCCUUAACAACUUUCUGGGAAAUUCUGCAUUCACUUUCCCUCCCAAACGCCGUUACCACAACUGGGUCCAACCCCAGCUGCGAACCCCGCCUGCAGGUCUCCAGCAGAAGCCUUACUUCACCAGCUACCCCCUCCCACUUUACCCCUGGACAUUACCCAUCCCCAAACCACGUGCCCCUCCCCGUAUGCCGGUGAUCCCUCCUCAACAGAAGCAGUUUUAUGACUCAGCCCCGGCACCUGCAGUGACGAGAAAUAAUGAUUAUUAUGUGGCUGGAAAACCACACAGCAUCAACCGUGACGAUCUGGAGAAAUACAUACAGCAGAUACUAAUGAAGAGACCGCAAAUGUUGGACUAAAAGGGGAAUGAGAGGGGAGUGAGAAUAGGGAAAAUGGAAAAGAGAGAGAUGAGCAGAAAAGAGUGCAUUUCUUUAUGAUUUAGUUUUCACAUUAUUUUGUUUCGUUUUACAUAUGUAACAAUUUUUUUCACCUGUUGUGAUUGGCUGUGACUUGGACAAGGACAUUAUGAAGGACUGUUUUUCCAGUGUUAGUCUUGAUAAAAUGGAGAAUGAAAAGGAAGAAACACAUCUACACUCCUCCUCUGUGAAGGAGGGGAAACAGGAGGAAUGUGGUCUGUUGGAAAGCAUGAUGCUGCAGAGAUUCCUAUCAUGCUAGAACUUUUCAUCCAAACUCCCAGUAUGACAACAUUCUCCAUUUGGACAUUUUACAAUGCAAACAAAGGAGGACGCUUAAACAUGUUGUUACCUGAACCUUUAAAAAAUCUGUUUCCGAGUCAGAGAGUGAGAGUGGGAGGAAUCGUAGGCUGUGAUGGAUGGCUGAAAAAAAACAUUUGUGUAAUUAUCUUGGGCAGGGACAUUUGAAAUUAUUUUCAUAAUCAUACUAUUUCAGAUAUGACAUACACUCCAUGGCCAAAAGUAUGCGGACGUCAAACAUUCCAGCCAUGUGUGAUGGUUGAAAAUGCAAUUGCAAAGUAGGGACAUUAAUGUGCUUCUAGCCUCCACUCUUCUUCUCCCAUUCAGCCACACAUUUCUUUACAGAGCUGGCUUUGUGCACAGGGGCAUUGUCACGUUUAAAAAGGAAAGGGCCAAACACAAAGUGCUGAGACAAAGUUGGAAUCUCACUUUUUUUCCGAAAUAUUGUAUGUUUAAGAGUUCCUUUCAUAAAAGGGGCCUAACCUAAACAAAGAAAAAUAACUCCAGGCCACAGGGCGUCCAGAUAGUUGGCCACAUAGUUUAACAUCUGAGACACCUAUCAUCUCUUAGAUAUAAAAUCAUGACCAUACAUAAUCAGAAAAUGUUCUCAUGCUCAAACCACUUGCUAUGCUUAUCUCAUAAAACUGGUACAUUUUUAUGCAAAUGUACCAGUUUUGUGUUAUUUUGUAUGAAAAUGCAGCAAAAGCAAAGUUCCAUUAUGUAUACUCAAACACACAUACACAUGUCUUUGUAAUGAAAUUGAAUGCACCAAAAAGCAUAUUUCAUAAAAUGGCUGUGGAAGCCACUGUAAUGGCUUGGAUGACUCAUCCUUUUGCAUAACUUCAAUUACCUUGUUGCUAUGGUGCCAAACCCCUCUAUACCUCUAUAUAGCACCAUUUUACAUUUGAUGCCUUCAGAGGAGGAUGCAGUGGUAGAGGCACACUGUUCACUAGUUCAUUUCAGCUCAAUGAAGACCACUUAGAGUUCUUUUUAGUGUUCAACUUUUGUUUUUCAUUUAUUUUUAUCAACUCACAAGUUUUUGUUGUUAUCUAAAUGUUGCACAACCGUCGGUCACACAUGGUAUACAUUUGUAGGUGGGAAGUUGUUUGCAAACUCUGAGCAGAUAUCUGCUGCCUUACAUGUCACUGUGACACCCCUCCCAUUCUGUUUUGUUUUUUCCUCUUGUACCAUUUGAUAUUAUGGGUGACAUCAAGGCUGUAAUCACUAGUUGAAUGGAAGCGGAUGGGAUAAUGGAAAUGAUUCUCUGGGACUGAUCCCACUGGAGAUAGGAGCAUUUUGCUCACAUUCAGGUGAAUCUGAGUUUAAUUCACAAUUUUAAAAUCAUGAUGAUGGAAUAUUUGACUGCUUGGAUGACAGUGCUAUAAAAAUUACUAUAAAAAGGUUUUUUUAUCAUGCAAAAAAAAGGACUGUACUGCUGAGAUCUCCUUUCUUUUCUAAUAUAGCUACUGAUAAUCAGUGACAAAUAAACACUACCCUUUCUCCCUUUUUCAAAUAUGCCAUUGGGAAGCAGAGCAGAUGUUGCUCUUUGGUUUGUCUAUAUUGUUGACAUUUGUGUCCGGCUGUUGCUAAAGGAUGAGUCUUUGUUUCCAAGCCAAAACUGAAUCAUAGCAUUGACAAUCUCAUAAUAAAAUAAACAACAUGAGGCCAUUAGUCUAAAAAGAGAGUAAACUGAAUGGAGGCUUUUUUUAAUGUUUACUGAUUUGUUGCUUUUGAUGAGAUUAAGACAGAAGGGGAGGAAAAAAGAGAUAUGAAGUGACAGACCAGAAGUGAGGGUACAGUGUCUGCACGUUUAUGUAUACUUGCAUCAAAAAAUUGACGUACAAGCAUCAAUCUAAAAAGUAUUAAAAAAAUUUAAGAUGACAGAAACAAUGACGUCAGUGUACCUUAAAAUCAUUGUUUGAGUCAUGUAUGCAGCGAGUAUUGUCCAUGAUCUUUCUAGAUGUACCUUGUUGUAACCAUCGCAAUAAACAUGCGUUUGCUGGAUGUAAA